UUUAUUUUUGCUGACAAAACUGUUCCUUUCGUAUUAUAUACAGUACAUUGUCAUACGCGACUACAUAUGUAAUUUAGCCUCAUUUUCUUACGCCAGCCAAGAGCUAAUAUAUCGAUUAUUUCAGUUUUUGUCUUGAUAUGACGCCUUAUUUUUGUAUGAAUUAUCGAUUCGACCCGGUCUGACCAACAUUUGGUUUUGUUAAUAUUACAAUGAUAAUAUCCAGGUUGGGAUACUAUGAAGGCUUUUAUGGUCAGGUUCUGGACAGCAGGACCCGGUCCCCGUGGAGCUUGUCUUUCCUGAGCGACCUCUUCUGGGGAGCUGUCGAGUUUAUUGGCUUGUUCUUCCAGACUCUCGUUCAGCCGGAUCGGUCUAAAGAUGGACACAGCAGUGCAUCGUCUCGUUUCAGUGAUGGCAGAGGUCCUCCUGGAUUCCCUGGGCGCAGACGGAUGGGUAGAAUAAACCACGGUGCAGGUCCCACCCCUCCUCCUAUGGGCGGAGGAGGAUGAGGAAGGUUAGUACGAGCGAAGAACCUGUAGAACAACCUGACACAAACUCACUGAGAGGAAUUCAUCAA